CGAAUCAUAUUUUAAAAUCAACGGUCCAAAAUUGGCUUAUGUAUAUACCUAACCCUCGGAUUCGACUAAACCUCGGUAGCAGUAGUAGUUGUACUAGAUACCAUUCUCACUCUUCUAUCUCCCUUUUUGGAGUUUGGGGCUUCGAUCCAUCGGUUUUUGUAGUGGGUUUCAGUGAAGCACAAUGUUUUUGGUGGACUGGUUCUAUGGUGUUCUUGCCUCUCUCGGAUUGUGGCAGAAGGAGGCCAAGAUCUUAUUUUUGGGCCUCGACAAUGCCGGCAAAACCACCUUGCUUCACAUGCUCAAAGAUGAGAGAUUGGUUCAACAUCAGCCGACACAGUACCCAACAUCUGAGGAAUUGAGUAUUGGAAAAAUCAAGUUCAAGGCUUUUGAUUUGGGUGGACAUCAGAUUGCUCGUAGAGUUUGGAAAGAUUAUUAUGCCAAGGUGGAUGCAGUGGUUUACCUGGUGGAUUCUAACGACAAGGAGAGAUUUGCCGAGUCAAAGAAAGAGCUGGAUGCUCUCCUCUCCGAUGAGGCAUUGGUAGAUGUUCCAUUUCUUAUAUUGGGAAACAAGAUUGAUAUACCGUAUGCUGCAUCUGAAGACGAGCUGCGCUACCACCUUGGACUGAACAACUUCACCACAGGGAAAGGGAAAGUAAAUUUAACAGAUUCAAAUGUCCGCCCUCUCGAGGUAUUCAUGUGCAGCAUUGUGAAGAAAAUGGGUUACGGAGACGGUUUCAAGUGGCUUUCUCAGUAUAUUAAGUAGAGAUUGCAGUUUAGGACGUAAAAGUAAAGAUUUGGUUUAUAAUUUUUUUAAAGCGUUAUCUUAUUUCUUGUUAAACCAAGCUGUUGGUAUUCGAAAUACUUUACUUUGUUCUGACAAUAACAUACAACCUUCCUUCCCCAUGA